AUCACUCUUUAAGUCGCAGGUUGCAGUAUGUGGUGUGUGGCGUGAUGAUUGGACCGUGUUGGGCCUACCGGAAAUUCACUAAUUUGAUUCACGUGUGUUGUUUGACUUCACCAGGUCGGUCACACAACGCGUCCUCCAACGUUAGAUUUGCAACUUGGACAGGCAUGGACUUUCAGCUUAAUUCUCUAUCGUGGCUCGUAGGCCUAUCCCUUCUUAUUUCUGCUCUCACGGAAAGCCAGUUUGCUAUGCGAUACGGCUCUAGUAAGAAAAGCUCUCCGCUUCCGAGACGCUUUGAAUUAAAUAAAAUCCCGCCAAAAUUGAGACCAACCCCAGUUGCGCCACCUAAAACAGAAACGGUGACGCGCCCUUCUUCCGUCUAUCACGGGAUCGCCGUGAAGUGCCACGCCGACUCCAUGGAGGUGGUGGUGCGGGCUGAUCUCUUUAACACGGGCCUCUUCCUAGAAGCCCAGCACUUACACUUGGGCUCCAAUGAUUGCACAGCAUUUCCAUCCGCAGAGGCAGAGCUCACCGUCCAUUUCAACCUGAUGCAAUGCGGCAUGAAGCUGUCGUCCACGGAUGACUCUCUAAUCUAUUCCAACCUAUUGAUCUACUCUCCUGAAGCCUCUCUGGACGGGUUGCUUCGCCUGGAAGGGGUGACCAUCCCUGUGGAAUGCCACUAUAAUAAGAGGUAUUCUGUGGAUGGUUCGGCGGUGCAUCCCAGCUGGAUUCCGUUUGGCUCUGCAGCAACAGCUGAGGACCAAAUGGAGUUCAAGCUGACACUUAUGACUGACGAUUGGCAGCUUGAGAGGGGAUCCCUGACGUACUUCCUGGGCGACCCCGUUCAUGUGGAGGCGUCCGUUAUCCUCAGCGACCACAUGCCCCUGCGGAUUUAUGUCGAGCACUGUGUCGCCACGGUGACCCCAGACGCAGAUGCGGCCUUGCGAUACGACUUCAUAGAACACCAUGGAUGCCUUUCUGACGCCUACCUGACCGGCUCUGGCUCCCGCUAUCUGCCCCGAGUUCAGGAGGACAAGCUGCGAUUCAAGCUGGACGCGUUCAUGUUCCACCAGGACUUCAGCAAUCUGAUCUACAUCAGUUGUCAGCUGAAGGCUGUUCCUGCUACGACAGCGGUCAGCACUGAGAACCGGGCCUGCUCCUUCAUCCACAACAGGUGGCAGUCCGUGGAUGGGAACCACAAGGCCUGCGACAGCUGUGAUGUCGACCGGCAGCUUCUAGCCGCGUCCGCAGAGCAGAGUCCUUCCCUGUCGCCGACGAGACCCCUGGAACCUGUGGUCAGGCUGCCCGCGGCCCGACAAGCCGAGGAACCUCACACCGAAGCCAACCAGGCUCCUGCAAACUACUUCCGUUUCCGCCCCCCCAGCCAUCUGAGGGCGUCCUCUCCGUCUGCACCGAUGAAGAGAGCCAACUCGGAGUGGACCAAGACCACGUCCUCUGGGCCCUUGGUCAUACUACCCUCCAUCGUCCCCACAAAGCCAGCCCACUCUGCUGCCUCUCUCCGGCCAAUAACAUCUCGAUAGCCUGCAAAGGCAAAGUCUGGACAGUGGGGGAAAAAUAGGUCAACAGUGCCUUCAAAUCCAGGAGCAGAUGAAUAUAUAAACCAACCACAAGCAUGUUCACUGAACAUUUACCCAAACUGAUAUAAGUAAUAAUGGGACUCCACUGGCCAAAAUCCAACCGCAUAAUCCACCAUCUUAAAAUUAUGUUUAUUUUAGUUUUUAAGUAAUUUUAUUAAUUAAUUCGCUUGAAGGACUAACUUUGGCCAAUAAUCCUUUUAUCACAGAUGGCGGUAGUAGUUUUGGUUAUUAAAUGUUCAGUUUGACAAAUAAUUUUGUGCAUCCCCAUUUCUUUCAACACGCAGACAACCAGUUGAAUUUGUGCACUUUGCACGGAUCGAUGUGUUCAGUAUUUUUUUGUCAUGAGAGAUUGAUGAGCUACUCAUCCUACUGACUACUCAUCCCAUGCAAUAUUCAUCUUUUUAUUUGUCAGAUGCAAUUUGUUAUGUCAUGCUCCCACCCAAUGCAAUUCUUAUUUGCCAGACAAGUUUGAAUGUGAACUUGUUGUCUGGGACCAGAUUGAUUAGUGUGGAUGUAGAUCGUCAUUGUAUUCAUGCUCCUGAUGAUCAUUGAAUGGUCCUUGCUGUUUAUCUGAAACAUCAUGUAGGCUUUACCUAAUUGAUGUACAAUACACAAAAAUAUGAUUCUGAUCUUUGGUGUUGAAACUGAAGUUCUUUGGAUUCCCUUAUUCUGCAAUGUGAUUGAGGCAAGUCAUGUGGCCAGGGUUCAUUUUGAUGCUAUAAGUGGCACUUUAAGGGAGCUAAUCAGUUAAUGGGAGUGAAUGGCAUUAGGGGGAACUCUUCCGUUUACGGGAAUGAAUGUCUUUUGUGGGUUGCUGGACGAUAAAAUGGCUGCUAAAAACAUUAAGGCUUAUUCAGAGAAGGAAAAAUGUUACUGUCAGUUAUUAUGAUGCUUGUUGGCUAAUACAUGAUGCUUCAUUCAUUUUCUCGGUUGCCUCAUUUAGUCAUACUUUUCUACCACUGGUUAGAAUUGUGCCAAACUACAGAAUUGACUGUGCUUUUGGCUUUAUAUCAUGCUUUCGCAUGCAGUUGUUGGGUAAAAGCAUAACCUACACCUCGAUUAAGCGAGGGCUUAGUUUUGCUAAUUAUGUCGUCAUCUUCACUAAAUUUUUCACGCACCCCUCUCACGAGUAUUGCAUAUUUUUGUUUGUUUCACACAUAAGCUUUGCUCUGUGACGCUUGUUUGCUUCUGUCUCAAAUUAUGUAGCUUGGGUGGGAAUGAGACACUAUGGAACCAAUGCUU